CUGAAUUGGCGUACUAUUCCAUAACGGUAACCGUUCAGUUAACAUUAUUAUUUAUUUUUUUUUAUGACAGACGAAGUACGGGUGUUUAUGUGCAAACUGUUUAAAUGUAACGUUUAGUACAACAUUAUUUUAUAGCAGCGCGUUUGUAUAUUAUGUAAAAUGGAGCUUUUAAUGAAUAGUGAUUAUUAUGUACUUCUGAAGGGUGAUUACAGUCUUUGGUGUAGCAGAAGUGAUGGGAGUUUGACACCAAAACAUGCCAGAGAAGUUGAAAAACUGUCCGAUUUUGUAUGUAUAGGAAUUGUGUUUGGUCUCAUUGGAAAGUUCACUAUUCAGCAAGAUAUUGACAAGCGAUUAGUUCUUGUCAGAGAACGCUCCUUAGUUGGAUGCCUUCCAGGUGGCCAUGAUGUUUAUAAAAUCCAAAAAAUAGCACUUUUGCCAUUGAACCAGCAACAUCUUCCAGAUGUUGAAUUUGAAAUAUGCAAAAAACAUCUUUUUAAUCCUAAGAAAGUCGACAAACCUUCAAGCAAUCCAGAUAUUCAACAAAAAGCAUUUCAAAAAACGUGGAACACCUUAAAAACAGCAACAUCGCAAGUAAAACCUAGAAAGCAACCUAAAGAACAGCGGGACAGAGAAAAAUUAGAAAAGAGAGUUAUUGAGGAAUUUACCAAAAUGUUUACAGAUACAGAUUCAUUCUAUUAUUCAUAUACUGGUGAUGUAACUAAUUCAGUUCAAAGACAGUAUUAUCAGUCAAAAAAUUCAGAUUAUGCAACACUGCCUUUAUGGAAAAAAGUUGAUGACAGAUUUUUUUGGAACAAGUAUAUGUUAUCAGAAUUAAUCAACACGCAGGAUCCUUUAUGCGAUCCUUGGAUAGUGCCUGUUAUCCAAGGUUUUGUACAAAUUGAGCAGUGCUGGAUUGAUACAGUUGACGAUGCAGAAUCUCUCUCUGCUGAAGGAGCAAGGUUUUUUCAGCCACCUGCUCAUUUACCAGAAUGUAUUGGUAAAAAUUAUACCAUGAUUCUAAUUUCUCGAAGGAGUCGGCAUCGAGCCGGAACCCGUUACAAACGCAGAGGAGUUGAUGAAUCAGGAAAAUGUGCUAAUUAUGUUGAGACAGAACAGAUAUUUGAAUAUUCUUCCCAUGUUGUUUCUUUUGUACAAGUGCGAGGCUCGGUUCCAGUAUUUUGGAGUCAACCAGGAUAUAAAUAUAGACCUCCACCUCAGCUUGACAAAGGUGAAGAAGAAACUCAAAUUGCAUUUGAAAAGCAUUUUGCUGAGGAACUUAGUAUUUAUAAUUCACAAGUCAUAAUCAAUCUCAUGGAGCAAACUGGAAAGGAGAAAGUAAUUAAUGAUGCAUAUUUAAAUCAUAUAUUAGAGUACAGCUGUCCAAAUCUCAUAUAUGUUAGCUUUGAUUUUCAUGAAUAUUGUCGAGGUAUGAAGUUUGAGAAUGUAUCUGUUCUGAUUGACAGCAUACAAGAUGUUAUACGUGAUAUGAGGUACUGCUGGAUUGAUAGUGAGGGCCUUAUCUGCAACCAGCGAGGAGUUUUUCGUGUUAAUUGCGUUGAUUGUUUAGAUAGAACAAAUAUAGUACAAACUGCUCUUGCAAAAACUGUCAUGGAUAUUCAGUUUAAUAAACUAGGCCUACUUCCCCCUGAAGGCGUCUUACCAGCUGGUUGCCGCAGAAUUUUCCAGAUGCUUUGGGCGAACAAUGGUGAUAUAAUUAGUCGUCAAUAUGCAGGGACAGUAGCAUUAAAAGGUGAUUAUACACGUACUGGUGAAAGAAGAAUAGCUGGCAUGAUGAAAGAUGGGUAUUAUUCUGCCAACAGGUAUUAUGUAAAUCGCUUUAAAGAUGCAUUUCGUCAAGCCACCAUUGACCUUAUGAUGGGUAAUCCAUUGACUGAAGAUAUAAGUGCUGUUACCCCAGAACGAGAAGAAGUUGAUCCAGAAAUUGAAAUUAAUGAACAAGAGCAUCAUGAGCGAGUGAAGCAACUAAUAGAAGAUUGCAAAAAAAUUUUGAUACCUGAGACUGAAGUUGUUCUUGGAGGAUGGGCUCUCAUUGAUGCUGAUCCUGUAACUGGAGAUCCGGAUAAACAAGAUAUGGAUGCAAUUUUGAUUCUGACAAAAGAUUCCUAUUUCGUUGCAGAGUAUGAUGACCAAACUGAUAGAAUUAUUAAAUAUCAACAUGUAUUAUUGGAAGACUUAGAACGAAUAGAGUUAGGUCCAGAACCCGGUGUUUUUAAGUCAAAACAUUAUUGCCUUCGUUUACAUUAUUCUGUAUAUGGGCAGUCAGGAUACUUUCAUAUGUUUCGUUCAACUAACACACGUUUUUUCAACAACAUGGCAGUUCCUAUAUGCAGUGAAGAAGAGGCAGCUGAAUCAUUAAAAGCCAUCUGUGAAACAUUCAAAGUUGCUCUUUGUGUAAAGGAAUUAAAUGUUCCUAUUUUUGAAGGCAAACUAGAAAGAAGAAAGAGCAAAAUGCCACUCUCUCAGGCUGCUGUGAGAGCCAGUGUUUUUCGAAGCAAUCGAAGUCAUCAGGGUCACAGUCCUAAUCAAGGCUUUCAUCUAGAAUUGCCAUCAUUUUCUUCCAUGCCUCGCAAUAUUUCAGAAGGGCAGCUAAAUUCUUUGAAAACUGUUGGCUCUCGUGCACUGAGUAAUGUAACAUCUCAUUUUGCCAAGCUAAAUCCUAUACGAUCUGUUAAAUCUUUAGGUAAAAAAACAACUAAUGGCACUACUACUUGUGCUUCUUCAAAUUUGGCAUCAGUAGAUGAGACAAGUACAUCAAUGGGUCCACGUUUUAGCAUGGAUAGUUCUUCUGAAUCAGAAGAAGAUUCUGUCCUGCAUCAUAAAACUUACACAGCUGCUGGAUUUCAUGGUCAUAUUAGUGAUCGCACGUUAAGCUCUGAUUAUUCAGAAUUCAGUGAUGUAGAUGAACCAGAGAUGAUGCUCUCCACCGAAUGUUUGAAUAAUGGUGCUACUCAAAAUAAACAUGAUGCUGUACUUGAAAGCUGUGGAAUUUUGGCAACAUUUAAUUUUAAAUCAGAUGAGUCUGCAAAUGAUAAUUUUGUUUUUCUUGAGGAUCGCAGUAAUUUCAAUCAAAGAAGGUAUGAUACUGAAGUAGAUGAUUUUGUCUUAGAUGCCAUGAAAAAGGCAUCUCUGCGACAGAUUACUAGGAAACCAAAGAAACAAACGAAUGAACUGACAAACUGUAAACAACAAUUGCCUUUGGCUUCAAUGCCACAGAUCCAUAUUAGCACUGAAAGUAAUUUAGCAGCUUAUGCUAAACCAGAUGAGGCAGCUUCUAAUUCUGGAAAAGUUGGAGUAUCCCGCAAGUUAUCCAAAUCCUCAGAGGAUUUGGAUUUCCGCCCUUGUAUGAUGGCUACCUCUAAUGAAGUAUCUCAUCUUUUAGUGCAGGAAGAAGUCAUGCUUGAUACUGAUGGCAUGAAUGCAAAGAUGAAGACAUCACACAGCGAAAGUGCAAUACAAGAUUUUUCCCUCUCCUCUCUCAAUCUGUCCAAUACUUUGUCCCCCAUUGCUAUAAAGAAAGAUCUAGUUUUGUCACCCUUGUCAAGGAUAGCCAAAGGUAUGCACAAUUUUGGUAUGAAUCUUCGACCUGGUCAUCGCAAUAGUCCUAUUUCUCCUGACACUGAAGAAUAUGAAAAGGUGAAAUUAAAACGAAAAAAGUGUGCUACACGAAUUAUUGAACUAUGAUUUAUUCUCUAGUUUAAAAAUGCAGCAAGCGUUAGUCAUAUUAUUAAGAUAUUUGUAUAGAAAUUAAAAAUAUGUGGCAAAGAUUAUGGUAUUUAGCUUUAGUCUUUUUUUCCCAUUAUUUUAAAUUGGAUAGGCAAUCCUGAGCUAAAAAAGUAAUUUUAUUUUAAAUAUUUCCUUGGUACUUUCAUAUCAUGGAUAGUGUAGAUAUCAACAGUUUUGCAUGUGUGUGUAUAUGAGCAUAUUUAUAAAGACAAAGUCUUCAUUAUACAUUUCAUGGACUUUUAAAUUCUGAAGCAUUAUGCAAAAGCAUCUUACAAAAAGUAGAAUUUCUCAGUUCUUCCACAAUAUUUAAUUUAGAGGAAAUUAUGAAAUUCGUCAUAGUUAUAUAAUUAUGUUAAAUUAUUAUAGCUGUUAAUAAAAUUAAUUAAUUUCACUUUGCAUUUUUAAGAUAUAUAUAUAUAUUGUAAAAAUAGUUCUGAAGGGCCGUAAGUGAAAAUAUCACUAUUUUCGGAUUCUGUCUUGAAGAAAAUGAUGAAUUUUUUCUUUUCUGUGUAUAAUAUUCUUUUCUAAAUUAUCAGAGAAUGAGCCUGAUCAUUAAGAAUUAAUAUUAACCAGGCAGCAAAAGUAGAAGAAAUUUUAUUGGUGUAUAUAUGAAAUGUAAUUUCUCAUACAUUAUUUGUUUUGUGCAGUCGGGGCAACAGGAAUGAGACAAAUUUUCGAAUA